AUAUCUUCCAGAGAGGCUCUUGUUCGUGCGGUGAUUACUGGUAGAAAGAGACCCAAGCUGCGGUUUUUAUCAACUCAUAAGCCCGAAGGAUUCUCGUUCCAAAAGGAUGGAUGCAUUGGCGACAAGGAUAGCGCCUAGAAUGCACUUAACGAGCAGCGUAUCAUUUUACGGUACAAAGACCGAGCUUAAUUCUCGAGCGCUUGUGAGAAUUCCCCGGAGGAAGAGCUGGGUUGUGUUGGUUUCCGGCAAACAACGAGGAUUUCCAGAGCAAGGUAAGUCACGCAGAGCAAAGGCUGUUGUGGAAGAGCCACCGAGGAAAAACUGGUCGCCGACGAUUCCAAAUCCUCCUGCUGGUUUUAUCCUCAACGACGCUGGAGAAGUUGUACUUGUAGCUCCUGCAAACAAGCGUGUCGUGGAUAUGAUCGAUCCGGAGACAGGGAGAUCGCUCGAGUGUUCAGUGCGAAGAGCAUUUUUGAGCUCCAGCGGACUCCAGUGUUUGCUUUUGUCGCCUCUUGAUACUCCUUUGCAAAUCCUCAAGUAUGACGAGGAGAAUGAGGCCUUGAGAGAGAUAAGCGAUGACGAACUAGAAGAGCUAAUUCCAACCGCGGAGUACGCUCUUGCGAAGAAGAGGCUACAUUUUGUGUUUAGCGGAUACUGCCUCACUGCUCGAGGAUGUUUUUGUUUCACUGACAACGAUGUUUUGGAGCUUGAAACUGGUACAGACGGAUCCAUCACUGAGGGAGUAGAAAUCACAAGCUUUCAAGUGGGAAUCAGCGAGUUUGUGGUCUUCACUCCAUUCGACCCUCUUCUCUUUGUUGCGUGCAAGCAGGACGAGAGUACGGGAGCAUUGACAGUGGCCGACGAGGACUUGAUGAACGAUCUCGGCGUCGUAAAUGCGAUGAAAGAUGAGGCAGAGUUCCAACAAUUCGUGGAAGGAGGAGGAUAAAGAACUCACGCAAGAACACUCUCGACUAUUCUUUCCAAGCUUUCUUAAUUAAAUCAAACCUCCAACGUAUAUUUCCAGAA